AUGCUUUCUCGAGCAAAGCGUCUCGUCGCAGGAAUUCUUUCCCAUUUUCAUGCCGCCCCUCGGACUUUCCAUGCAGCCUUCUCACUAUGCGCAUAUGCUAUUGCUGGGAAGACUAGAUGGCCCUUACGCCUACACAUGGUACUGAACAGCGCCGGCCGAACUUUGGGAUAUACUCACUGGCACAGAGUAGUGAAUUCGGGACUCCGUACGCGACACGGCUUCAUAGACCGUGUCAACGCGCAACGAGAACUGGGCUAUCCAAUGAGAAUACUUCUGAUCUCGAAUAGUCUUAGCAGUAACAGUCGUAAAGCGCUCAUAUCAGACUCUACGAAGGUCUUCAGACUUGCCCUUCCGUGUCCUUCCGCACCACACAUCCCAGUUCCGACGGUUGGUUCGCGCGUCUUCUUUUACGACUCCACGGGUCAACUCGUGAGAGGUGUCGUCGAAGCCACGAGCCGUAUGGCAGACGGCACACAAAUGGUUCUCAUUAGACGUGACAAUGGAGGAACCAUGACCUUACCAUCCGCAAGCGUCUCUAAAGGUUAGGCGCAGCAUGUGGAUGCUGUGCUGUGUAAUGAGGGGGCUCAGGAUUUCAUUUGGGUACCCAUGACAACGAAAACGUCUCAUCUUUCUGUCGGAUUAUCAUAUACCCAUUUGAGUAUCAUAGCCUCCAUAUGGUUGAUUUGUUCAUCGAGUAAAGCCUUCUGUCAAACGC